UCAGUUUGUAAUCAUGUGUUCGGAAGAGUGUGUAACAGUUAUCCCUUUGAAGUAUGAGUUUAAUUUUGCGUCCCUGAAACCUUCUCAAGCGACCUCAGUUGAAGAAGCGUUUUUACACAUGUGUUUAUGGCAAUAUUUCACAUGGAAAAACUUGCUACACAGGUUCAGCACAGUGGACAGUUUGACGUAGAGAACCACUUUUCCCUUAACUCACGAAACUUGAACUCAAAGCUCAGGACGUUUGCGAAGAGCUGUAUUAUCACCCAGAAAGUUAUCUGCAUGCGACCUGACAUGGAAUUAUGGAAGGAUGUGUUUCUUUACAAAUGUUAUAAAGUGAUAAGAUUAGGAGUUGAAAUAUAUAGUUUUUAUUGUUAUUGUUUGUUUGUUUAUUUUUAAUCACUGUUAGCGGUAAUCGGUACGUUGUGGUAAAGAAACCGAAACAACAACAACCUGUGGUUGUCAAAUAAACGCGCGGUAAUAUAUGAGAUAUUGUUGGUUUUACUGCAGGAACACAUUACAAUGACAAUGUCAGUCAUAAGAUACUCCUCAGUCAAAUCUCAACAGUUUCCAAACUUUUAUAAGAUGGAACGCCAUCCUGUGAGUUUCAACAAACUGAAGUGUUUAGCCAAAGCUUUGUUUGACAAUAAUGCCGAGUCUCCAGAUGAACUGGCCUUUCGAAAAGGUGACAUACUUACUGUACUUGAACAGAACACUCGAGGUUUGGAAGGAUGGUGGUUAUGUGCCCUUCGAGGACGACAGGGUAUAGUUCCAGGAAACCGUGUUCGCCUGAUACCAGGGAUGUAUGAACCGGUGGAGUCGGGGUAUGAGGCCACGUCACUUGACCAAGUGGAUGGAACAAAUAUUUCUCCUUAUCCAGAGUCCACACAGCGUAUCUGCCAUCUGGAUUCCAAGAAAGUGGUGACACCCCAGAAACUUGGAUAUGUGGACUUACAUCACGCACUAGAGAAUGUGAAAGUUUCUCAAGACUACGAUGUUCCGAGGAGUUUUGGCUCAAUACAGACAAAAGAAACUAAAUGUGGAGAUUUCCUUAAGAGUCCAUACGGCGACUACGACACUCCUACAAACACUCGUGUUUCGUACGACUUGCCUGUCACCGAGGAGACAUGUAAACUUGAAUCAGCAGAAAACAAUGGAUUAGAUGUAUAUGACAUCCCUCGUAGUGCUGCGGACCUCUAUGAUUUUCUACAAGUCAAUAAAUAUGACGAUCCUGAUUGGCUAUUGCAGCCUGCUAAGCCAUUCUUAAGAGAAGGAAUUGGUGACUAUGACAUUCCAACAUCGUAUCCUCGACCCGUGUACAAUACAAAGGAUGUGCCACUUGAUUGUGACACCAGAUCCGGUAUGGCUUCACCUCUUUCACUAAGUUCAUCCUCCCCCAAUUCUACAAAGAGCAGUUAUUCUAGUCUAUGUACCUAUUUGUCCAAUCGGUGUAGUAUGGAAGAUAAACAUGAACUGUAUGACAUUCCAUUCAGAGAUCCACGCCAUGUCAAUAUUAAGCCUUCUCCACAGUCCUUUCUUACAAAUGACUCAGAUUCACUUCUGCCACAGACAGAACCUCUCUGUAAUGUUUCUCAAUAUAAUAUGUUGUCUAACCGACAAACAAGUCCAGAAGAAACAAUGCAGAUCCACAUCCAAGGCUUGUACGAUGUUCCUCCUCGAGUCACUCGAGAUCCUAGCUUUGCUGUAAGCACUGAAGAGUCUAGCAGCAGGCAAUCCGCUUCUAAUGAAGAAUUACAAACUUUACUAUCAAGGUGUAUUGUGGGAAAAGAGCUUCCUCUAGAACGUCAUACUGCUAUUGAACUAUGCACCAAAAGAUAUGAAGACGUACAUUCUGCAAUACAAAUGUUAUUUAGCUGUGUUAAUGAUAAGCGAAACAUCCGUUCAGUUUGUAAGAAACUCAAAACAACGAUUCAUGAGUUUAUUGAACUAGCUCUUGGUGCUCUAUCUAACUGUACGCAUUCUUCAGACAAAGGUCUAAGUACAAAACUGGCUAAACUUCUGAAACCUUUGGUAGAAUCGAGCUCGUACAUAGAAGGAACUAUAGACAUGGAGUCCUACACUUCAGAAGAACUUGAUAAGCUAGUUGUUUGUGCUUGUAGCCUCAUAGAAGACGUUAAGCUUGUAGCUUGUUUUAUACGCAGCAAUUCUUCGUUGAUAUUCAAAAGAUCAAAUAAUGAAAUUUAUGAUAAAACUGCAGUACGCACAAUUGCAAAUGAUUUCUGUAACUCAGGCAGCACAAAUAAAGAAUCUAUGCAAGUAGGACCCAGUGAAUCUUUUACAGGCUUAGUUCUUGAAGAUCAGAAGACAGACCAGGAAUGGUUAAAACAAUACGAUUAUGUAAAGUUUGAACAUGGAGGCAUGAGUAAAAAAGAAAAUAGGGAAACAGAAAAUGCUACAGUGAGGGAAGUAAAAAAUCCGUAUGAUAACCAUACAAAAUACUUCACAGAUCUUGUUCGAAAAGAAAUGCCUAAAAAUAUAAGAAGUAAGAACAAUUUUCAAGUUGAUGAGAAUGGCUUAGAUUCAAAUGAACUUCAGCUGUUACAUUUUUAUAAAUAUCAAGUUGAAGCAGAAAACGUUCGUUUUACAAAUUCGAUCGAUACCUUUUUGGUUACCAUAAGAAAUAAACAACCACCAAAGAUUUUCCUUCAACAUUGUAAGUCUGUAAUUAUUAGCGCAAGUAGGUUAGUGUAUAUUGGAGAUACAGUCCAUAAGAACGUGAAUGACUCAACCAUUAAAACCAGUGUUUUUCAAAAAUCUAAUAGCCUUUGGGAUUCCAUAAAAUAUUUCGUAACAAGCGCUAAAAAGGCAGCUUCGAUAUUUCCUUCUGCUGUCGCUAUCCAAGAAAUGGUAGAAAGUGUUGUUGAGGUGUCAAAUAAAGCAAACGAUCUCAAAGCAAUUAUUGGAAACAUUUGUUAAUUUUAGUAAAAGUCUUCAGGCUUGAAAUGUACAAUAUAUUUUACUGAAAUGAUUAUAUAUAUGUGUGGGUGGGUGGUUGGUUUGUUAAUGCACUUUAUGCUUUAAAAUAUUCGUUAUAGAAUGAGGCAUACAGUCGAAACAGCUACACCGUUAUAGUUGGUUUGAUUUUGUAAAAUUACUAUUAUACUAUUAUAUGUAGACUUCUAGCGUGAUGUACAUUAACUGUUUUUAUAAAUAACUAAUAUUAUAACUAUUCAUAUUUCCAUUAUGAUAGGUUGUUGGUAGAUUCGAAUUAAAAGUAUAGUGUACUGUAUAUAUGUUUUAUUCGAUUUCUGAGUGUUAUCACUUUUGGUAUCUUUCGUUUUACUUGCAAACUAUUAUUCUAGUGAAAUAUUUGAAUUAAACUACAUAAUGUAAACAUAUAUCCAUGAAACUAAUAUUUACAAUUUUUACAGUUAGAUUUUUGUUAAAUUAACUUAAUAGGAAACAAGAAAAUGGGUUGAAUAAUUGA